CAGCUGUUUCAGCUGGUGUCUCGUGUGUUGCCAAGGCUGGUCUUUACCAUUUUAAGUGCACAUUUCAGCGGCAUUAAGUACAUUCUCAUUGUGCAGCCAUUAUCGUCUGUCCAAGAACUUUUUCAUUUUCCCAAACCCCUUUCUGCUUCCCUCCAGCUCCUGGCACCCACGCUUCUCCUUCUUCCUGUCUCUACGCAGGGACCCUGGUGGCUGCCCAGGGCCAGCUGUUCAGGUGCUGCUGGAUGCCAGCCUGGGUGGCCCCACUAGGCCUUUCCAACGUAGCCCAAGUCACUUCCGUGGGGACGGGCUCCUAGAGCCCAGCAGUUCAACAUGGAGACCUGUUUCCUCUGGGUUUUCUGACAUGGCUUUGUCAUUUUUCACAAACUUAUUUUCAGAACUUUUGAGGAACUGCCAGGCCUUGGAGCAUUGUGUCACCCCAGGGUUGAGGGCCAGGGCCACAGUGCUGGCCCACAUCUGGUGUCCAGCUGGGAAUCAGGUGGAAGAAGGUAGCUCCAUGGAGGGAGGGCCUAGCCAGCCUGAGCCUGGCCAAAGGUCAGGACGCUGCUGUCCUGGGCAGGGGGCUGCAGGCUGCUGACACUGGGGGAUGAUGGAGGACUCUUAGGUGUCCUGGCCCUCGAGGCUGAGCCUGGAAGUUUCGCCUGGCUGCCCUCCUGGACCUCCUCCAGGGGGUCCGAUGUCCUACACUCCUGCAUACGGCCCCUCAGGAGUGUGGGCUUAAAGCCUAGGUCCAGCUGCCCACCCUUGUAACACUAGGGACCCAGUGGGUUCCAGGCAUUCUGCCAGGCCUAAGGGCAGCAGGACGUGGUCGGAGGGCAGAGACCCUCAUGAGAGGAGGCCGCAGGGGGCAGCAGCUGAACCCCUUCGACCUAAGGGAGCUCGAAGUGGGAGGCUUGGGUAGGGACACUGAGGAGCCCCCGGCCACAAUGCGCGGGCGCCAGAGGCUCGGACCUGGUGAGGCGCUCGUGAGCUGGGUGGGUGUUGCCCCCCACGCCCCAACUCAGCCUGCGCGUCCCCAGGUUCUCGGGGCUCUCCGCCCUUCUGCGAGCUGCAAGCGGACCCCAGCCCGCCAACCCCUAGGCCCGGUCCCGGGUCCCCAAGCCUGUGACCCCAAACCCCGACCUCCCCGUAAAGCCACUCCCGGCCCCUAGGCCCCACCCUCACCCGUACAGCCCCUCCCGGCGCUAGGCCCCGCCCUCCCCGUCGGCCGGGCCAUGGUGUCGCUGAAGGGAGUCCCCGCGCUGCUGUCCCCCGAGCUGCUCUACGCGCUGGCGCGGAUGGGGCACGGGGACGAGAUCGGUGAGAGCAGCGGGCCGGGGCCUCGGAGACCACCCCGGGGCAGGCAGGCAGUUCUCGCGGACUUGAACUUCCCGGCUUCCUCCAUCUGCCAGUCUGGGCCCAUGGAGAUCCGGGCAGACGGCCUGGGCAUCCCGCAGCUUCUGGAGGCCGUGCUGAAGCUGCUGCCCCUGGACACCUAUGCGGAGAGUCCGGCUGCAGUCAUGGAGCUGGUGCCCAGCGACAAGGAGAGGGGCCUGCAAACCCCGGUGUGGACACAAUACGAGUCCAUCCUAUUCAAGGCCGGCUGCUCGAAAGCCCUGGCAAAGAUGGAGAGGUUUGAGUUUUAUGAGAGGGCUAAAAAGGCUUUUGCUGUUGUGGCAACUGGGGAGACGGCCCUCUAUGGAAACCUCAUUCUCAAGAAGGGGGUGCUUGCCCUCAGCUCCCUGCUCGAGGCCUGGUGAAGACCACUGGGCCAGAAGAGGAACCAGGGGCACCUGAGCUCCAGGACCGCCACUUACAGCAGGCCUGCCAGCGGCAGCUCCUAGACCUGGGCCCGGGCUAGGGCUUUAGGGGCCGGCAGUCUUGGGGCGUGCCCUGCCAACUGGGAUGAGAGUCCCCCAAUUUGUAAAAAUGAUGGAAAAAUGUAGUCGCAGUCGACAUUCAGAUUAAAGGUUUCAAUUCU